GCAAAGGCGCGAGCGGGGCGGAGGGGCGCGUGCACUUCCGCGAGAAACACUCACACAUAUAACGCUACACGCAGCUUCGUCGGGACCGGGCUCCGGUAGCGUUUUGUGUUUUGUGUGUGUGUUUUUUUUGCCCCCCGUUCAGUCCGGUUCGGUGGAUCAGUGCCGUCAUGUCGUACGAGCUGAAGCGCGUGUUUGCCAGCCUGCCUCAGAUGGAAAGGGGUGUGGCCAAAGUGCUGGGUGGAGAUCCGAAGGGGAACAACUUUCUGUAUACCAAUGGAAAGAGCGUCAUCAUCAGGAACAUUGAUAAUCCCGCCAUUGCUGAUGUCUACACAGAACACCCUCACCAGGUCAUCGUUGCCAAGUACGCCCCCAGCGGUUUCUACAUUGCCUCAGGAGAUGUUUCAGGUAAGAUCCGUAUUUGGGACACGACCCAGAAGGAGCACCUGCUGAAGUAUGAGUACCAGCCCUUUGGAGGGAAGAUAAAGGACAUCGCCUGGACUGAGGACAGCAAGCGUAUCGCUGUGGUUGGAGAGGGCAGAGAGAAGUUUGGUGCCGUGUUCCUGUGGGACAGUGGUUCGUCAGUUGGGGAGAUUGUGGGCCACAGUAAGAUCAUUAACAGCGUGGACAUCAAGCAGACACGGCCGUACCGUCUCGUUACCGGCAGCGAUGACAACUGCACCUCCUUCCUUGAGGGACCUCCAUUCAAGUUCAAAUGCACCCUGAGUGAUCACAGCCGGUUCGUCAACUGCGUGCGUUUCUCACCGGACGGAAGCCGCUACGCAUCUGCAGGGGCCGAUGGGCAGAUUUUCCUGUAUGAUGGGAAGACUGCAGAGAAGCAGGGCACGCUGGGUGGAGCUAAGGCCCAUGAGGGCGGGAUAUAUGCUGUGUGCUGGAGUCCUGACAGCACCCAGCUCAUCUCAGCGUCUGGUGACAAGACAGUGAAAUUAUGGGAUGUGGCCACCGGUACUGCAGUAACAACCUUUAACCUGGGGUCAGAUGUGCUGGACCAGCAGCUGGGCUGUCUGUGGCAGAAGAAUCACCUCCUCAGCAUCUCGCUGUCUGGAUACAUCAACUACCUGGACAAGAACAACCCGAACCGGCCUCUCCGGGUCAUCAAGGGCCACAGCAAGGCCAUCCAGUGUCUGACAGUCCAUAAAGAGGACGGUCGGCCCUUCAUCUACUCCGGCAGCCAAGACGGACACAUCAAUUACUGGGAUGCUGAGACUGGUGAAAACGAGGGGAUAGCAGGAAAGGGUCACUCCAACAUGGUGGCCAGGAUGGCUGUGGACGAGUCAAACCGCCUAGUCACCUGCAGCAUGGAUGAUACCGUCCGCUACACUGAUCUUGGCAAGAAAGAAUACAGUGCAUCUGACCUGGUGAAGAUGGAUGUACAGCCAAAGACUGUGUCGGUAGGGCCAGGGGGCCUGGCUGUAGCUGUGUGUAUUGGACAGGUGGUGCUGCUGAAGGAUAAGAGAAAAGUUUUCACUCUAGAGAACCUGGGCUAUGAACCGGAGGCGGGCGCUGUGCACCCAGGGGGUGUAACUGUGGCUGUGGGCGGAGCUGACGGAAAGGUGCAUCUGUAUUCAGUCCAGGGGAACACCCUGAAGGAUGAUGGGAAAGUUUUGGAGGUCAAGGGGCCUGUGACUGAUAUGCAGUUCUCCCGAGAUGGAGCCUUCCUUGCUGUUUGCGACGAGAAGAAAGUCAUCACCAUCUUCACUGUAGCCGAUGGUUACGAGGUUAAGAAUGAUUUCUAUGGUCAUCAUGCCAAGGUUGUGUGUUUGGCCUGGUCUCCUGAUAAUGAACAUUUCGCUUCCGGAGGGAUGGACAUGAUGGUCUAUGUUUGGACUGUCAACGACCCAGACAAGAGGAUCAAAAUCCCAGAUGCUCACCGAUUGCACCACGUCAGUGGCUUGGCCUGGCUGGACGAACACACACUUGUCACGACAUCUCACGACUCAAGUGUGAAACAAUGGACAUUGAAAAUCUAAGCACACAAGCACACACACUUCAAACACUCUCAUGGGAUCACCAGGGAUAGGGACUACUGUAGACAGUUACUCUCUUGCUUUCUCUUCUUGUCUGGGUUUUUUCUUUUCUUUUUCUUUAUUUCAGUUGGUCUGUAAGUAGCAAGUUUUGUCCUUGAAGCUUAUCAGUUGAUGCAGAGUAGAAAACUCUUAGCUGUGUGUUUAUCAGCUCUGCCUUUUAUUCGGCUAACCGUCUGCUUAGACAUAAAACAGAAAAAUUUAUUUAAAAGAGAAGUGUUUUUUAUUUUAACUGCUAUCUAGUACAUCUUUACCAUACGAUUGAUUACCAUGGACAACAGUUUUAACUCAUUUUGUACUUCGGGGGGGAAAAGAACUGAAAACCUCUCGACUCAAAUUUUCCUUACAAUAGAAGCCGCUGGGCAGUUGCUGAAUGUUUGAAAUAUGUGAUUAUUUAAUGAUGAGACAGACAUGAGAUCAUGUUUUACUAAAGCUGCUUCUUUGAAGUUGUAUCCAACUUCUAAAUGCUAGACAGUAAAA